AUGUUUAUCAGCCAUAGCGGUAGCGAUGGCACGUUAAAAGCCAGCGAUACGCCCUCAAAUCUAAGAUCCUUCUACGAAGGUUCGUUAUAUUUGAGCGCCAAAUUAAACGCUGUUGAAGCCGAGCAGAAGUUUGCCGACUUUAUGCAGAAGCUGAGCCAAACGUCGGAUUGCAAUGUCACUCUGCUAAAUAGAUUUGAGGACCGGUUAACAAUUCAGAUAAAGCCGGACAAUACGAAGCUGUUCUUUAUCAUUCUUGAGCUCCUUAUUAGAGGUAAGGCAAAUAAUCAUUGA